GUCUCUAACUAGCGUUUCUGCUUGGUAAACCUGGUGCACCACCAUGCUGGCCGCAAGACUUGUGUGUCUGCGGACACUACCUUCCAGGGUUUUCCACCCAGCUCUCACCAAGGCCUCCCCUGUUGUGAAGAAUUCCAUCACGAAAAAUCAGUGGCUCUUACCAGCCAGCAGGGAAUAUGCCACCAAGACAAGACUUGGAAUUCGUCGUGGGAAAACUAGCCAAGAACUCAAGGAGGCAGCUUUGGAGCCAUCACUGGAAAAAAUAUUUAAAAUUGAUCAGAUGGGAAGAUGGUUUAUUGCUGGAGGGGCUGCUGUUGGUCUUGGAGCUUUGUGCUACUAUGGCUUGGGAAUGUCUAAUGAGAUUGGAGCUCUUGAAAAAGCCGUAAUUUGGCCUCAGUAUGUGAAGGAUAGAAUUCAUACCACCUAUAUGUACUUAGCAGGAAGUAUCGGCAUAACAGCUUUGUCUGCCCUGGCAGUGAAUAGAACUCCUGCCCUCAUGAACUUCAUGAUGAGAGGCUCUUGGGUGACAAUUGGUGCAACCUUUGCAGCCAUGAUUGGAGCUGGAAUGCUGGUCCAGUCGAUAUCAUAUGACCAGAGCCCAGGCCCAAAGCAUCUUGCUUGGUUACUACAUUCUGGUGUGAUGGGUGCAGUGGUGGCUCCUCUGACGAUAUUAGGGGGGCCUCUUCUCCUCAGAGCUGCAUGGUACACAGCUGGUGUUGUGGGAGGCCUCUCCACUGUGGCCAUGUGUGCACCCAGUGAGAAGUUUUUGAACAUGGGAGCACCCCUGGGCGUGGGCCUGGGUGUCGUCUUUGUGUCCUCACUAGGAUCUAUGUUUCUUCCACCUACCACUGUGGCUGGUGCCACGCUGUACUCGGUGGCAAUUUAUGGUGGAUUAGUUCUUUUCAGCAUGUUUCUUCUGUAUGAUACACAGAAAGUAAUCAAGCGUGCAGAAGUAGUACCAGUGUAUGGAGUUCAAAAAUAUGAUCCCAUCAAUUCGAUGCUGGGAAUCUACAUGGAUACAUUAAACAUAUUUAUGCGAGUUGCCAGUAUUCUAGCAACUGGAGGCAACAGAAAGAAAUGAAGUGACUCAGCUUCUGACUUCCUUAAUACAUCUGGCUUGUUUAAUAGGGGCAGAUAUUCUUUAAAUAGUUUGUGCAAGCAGCUUUCGUUGAAGUUGAGAAGAUAAGAACUUGUCAACAUGUUUCAGGUGUUCCAGUAAUGUGAUGCUUCAGGUCUGCUUUUUCUUCUGGAGAAUAAAUUCAGUAGUUCUCUUCCAAAUAGCACACACAUUUUCAAUUCUUGUGUUUGAGUAAUUCUAAAAUGUUCUAAUGAAUAUGAAAACCAAGUUUUGUGUUGCAGGAAUUUAAGUAUUUUAUCUAUUUUUAAAUUUAUUCGGUUAAGUGAAAUUUAGCAAACUUGUAUACCUGCAUUUUUCAUUUUGGAUUGCAGAAUAUUAGCAAGUAAUGUCAUAAGUGAUGUAGGGGUUUGGUAAAGGGACCACAGAGAAGUAAAGCGACACCUGCAGUCUUUCUUUGAAUACUUAGAACUUAGCACUUGUGUAAUUGUGGUGAGCCAGUGAGGGGGUCUGGAUGUUUGGAAACAAGUCAUGGCUGUACAUCUGCUGAACUUAUCAGAAGCACUGAGCAGAAAACAAAGACAUAGGUGAUUCUCCAGGCUCUCCUUACGACGUGGAUGUGAUCAUGUUUGGCUUCUCAUUGUUUGACACUGUUAGGAGAGUCCACGAUGCUAAUCAUGUGGAGAAUUCCUGUUACAUGUAUUAUGUGUGUGUGUAAGUCUUACUUUUGAAUCGUCUAGUAGAACAAAAUAUCCUUAAAACACUCAGGAAAAUAAUAUUCAAAGCAGGAAAAUUGUUGCAUUUUAAGUAUACAAACAAUAUGUGCAUAGUUGCUGAAUAUUUUUGCAAAUUUAUUGAAAUGUUUAAAGGAAUAAAUGCUUGCCUUUCUUA